AAACCUCUUCGUUGCUGUUUCUCAGUUUGUCAAUUGCCAAGGUGACCUAAACUCUAACUCCGAGUUCGUACCGAGUCAACUCACCACCGCAGCGAUGGCAGACGUUGUUCACUACAGGCUAGAGCACAUGACGAACGAGCUCGAUGACCUCGAGUGGCGUCGCCUUUUCACACGCCGCGAGAUCGCCGAGAUCGUCAAGUGGCGCCGCAAGUUCGAGUACCAGCUCAAGCGCCCCUCGCCUCUUAAGCAGGACUACAUUGCUUACAUAGAUUAUGAGUCCCGGCUUGAUGAUCUCCGACGCCUUCGCAAGAAGGCUGCUGCCAGUGAGCUCGCACGCGAAGGCAAGAAGAAGAUUAAGAUGAAAAAUUCCAUUUCUGAUUAUGCAGUGGUUACAAGGAUUGUGCAGAUAUAUGGGCUGGCGGUGAUGAGGUAUAAAGGAGAUAUUGAGUUAUGGUUUAGAUAUCUUGAAUUCUUGGCAUGUUUGGAUACUGAGAAAGUGCUGGAAUUGAUGGAAAAAUGGUCUUCUGCUUUUAAAAGUUCAUCAGUGAUAGCAAUUUCCACUGUUAUAAUCAUCUCUGAGCUUGCUCUCAAUUGGGAUGUUACUACAAUUCACCAGCUUUUUUUCAUGUUCAAUGUUUUGACCUAUCAGGUCCUUGCUCAAGUGAUUAGGUUUCAUCCCAAGGUCCCAGGAGUUUGGAUUUAUGCUGUGGGUUCAGAAGAUCUUUGGAUAGAGUAUCUCAGAAUGGAACUCACAUACCUUAACAAGCUGAAAGCUAGUAAGGUUGCUCUUGGUGUGGAUAAAGGGAACUCUAGUUCGCGAUUGAAAGAAUAUUGCUGAAAAUCAAUGGGGAGAGGAAAAUGAAGAUUUAUUUGUGAACCUUGAUGAAGAGAAGGGAAAUAAUGAUGGAUCAAUUGAAGAGACUGAGAAGAAAGUGGAUUUAUUUUCAUAGCAUGGUUCAAGCAUAUUACAAACUAUAUACUGGGGAGCAAUAAAGACACUUUCUUCAAGUUUUAGCCUUGGGAAGCGGUUUCUUGAGAUAUUGGAAGCAAUAGAGUUGGCACAUUCAGAUGAUUUGCACAAUGAGAUACUGAGUGAUAUGAAGAGAGACUUUUCAGCAGAUCCAGAAUAUUGGGACUGGCUCGCAAGACUAGGUAUGCCCAAUCCAAUAAGUAAAGGGGUGAGGGGAGAAGAUUCAAGCCUUUCUCAAUUUGAAAAGGCAGUUCAGGUAUGACACCAUAUG